AUGGAAUGCUAUGGCCUCAUGCCAUCUACAAGGCACGCUUUGCUAAUUGAUUUUGCUCAGCUUAAAAAGGUGGAAGAAGCAGCCGGAGCCAUCCCCCUUCCCCACCCACCCCUGAUUGCCGCUGCUAUUCCGCCACCCGGCCCGCUAUACGUCUUCAUUGCCGAGGAAAUUUGGCGGUUGACUCGUCGUUUGUCAGCCUCCGCGGGGCAUUGUGAUGCCAAGCUAACGGUUAAUUAUCUGUGUAGCCCUGCUCCCACCUCGGCAGGGCCCAUUGCUGCUCUAGGAACACGGCCAACUCCCCAGCUCUCGGAAAUUCAGCGACAACUAACCCAUUCUUUCUAUUUCCAGGUCUGGUUCCAGAACGCCCGCGCCAAGUGGCGGCGGAUGGUGCUGAAGCAGGAGGGAGGGGGCGGAAAGGACAAACUGGGUGAGGGCCCCGGCGGACUUGAGGGCUACCACCACAGCCUGGGGCCCCACGGGAGCCCCUACCUCAGCCCUUCGCCCCUCGAGUGCAGCUCCUGA